GGGCGGGCGAGGGGGCAGCGCGGCGGGGGCGGCCGCCAUAUUGGGGAGCGCUGGGGCCGGCGGAGACUGACAGGAGGAGGCGGAGCGGGGCCGGGCCGCGCCGGCCGGGCAGAAGACGAAUUACUGAUUUGACUUCAUGAACAUAAAUUCCUGAGCCUGCUGAACUCCCCAGCCCCUCUGCUUUCCACCAUGGACCAGGAUUACGAGAGACGUCUCCUACGCCAAAUCAACAUACAGAAUGAAAACACAAUUCCUUGCGUAGCAGAGAUGAGAAGAACCCUGACGCCUUCCAAUUCUCCGAUGUCUUCUCCUAGUAAGCAUGGUGACAGAUUCAUUCCCUCAAGAGCUGGGGCCAAUUGGAGCAUCAACUUCCACAGAAUAAAUGAAAACGAAAAAUCACCAAGUCAAAACAGAAAAGCAAAGGAUGCUACAUCAGACAAUGGCAAAGAUGGUCUUGCUUACUCUGCCUUGCUGAAGAAUGAACUCUUAGGAGCGGGGAUUGAGAAGGUGCAAGACCCACAGACGGAAGACAGGAGGCUGCAGCCGUCCACCCCAGAGAAGAAGUCUCUCUUCACUUAUUCACUCAGCACAAAACGCUCCAGUCCAGAUGAUGGCAAUGAGGUGUCGCCAUAUUCCCUGUCUCCUGUCAGCAACAAAAGUCAGAAGCUGCUAAGAUCACCUCGAAAACCAACUCGGAAAAUCUCAAAGAUUCCUUUCAAAGUGCUGGAUGCCCCAGAGCUGCAGGAUGACUUCUACCUGAACCUGGUGGACUGGUCCUCUCUUAACGUCCUCAGCGUUGGCCUUGGGACUUGUGUUUACCUAUGGAGCGCUUGUACUAGCCAGGUAACCCGACUGUGUGAUCUCUCUGUGGAAGGAGAUUCUGUAACAUCUGUGGGCUGGUCAGAACGGGGGAACUUGGUAGCUGUUGGCACUCACAAAGGCUUUGUACAGAUCUGGGAUGCAGCUGCAGGAAAAAAGCUCUCUAUGCUAGAGGGGCACACAGCCAGAGUCGGUGCCUUGGCGUGGAACGCGGACCAGCUGUCUUCUGGGAGUCGCGACAGGAUGAUCCUUCAGAGGGACAUCCGCACCCCACCCCUACAGUCUGAGCGGCGGCUCCAGGGCCACAGGCAGGAGGUCUGUGGGCUCAAAUGGUCUACGGACCACCAGCUCCUGGCCUCUGGAGGGAAUGAUAAUAAGCUCCUUGUCUGGAAUCACUCCAGCCUGAGUCCUGUCCAACAAUACACAGAGCAUCUUGCAGCAGUAAAAGCUAUUGCCUGGUCUCCACACCAACAUGGACUCCUCGCCUCCGGCGGUGGGACAGCUGACCGCUGUAUACGCUUCUGGAACACGCUCACCGGGCAGCCUUUGCAGUGCAUCGACACUGGGUCACAAGUGUGCAACCUGGCGUGGUCGAAACACGCCAACGAGCUAGUGAGUACCCACGGAUACUCGCAGAACCAGAUCCUCGUCUGGAAAUACCCCUCAUUAACUCAAGUAGCAAAGCUCACAGGGCACUCGUACAGAGUCUUAUAUCUGGCGAUGUCCCCUGAUGGGGAGGCCAUAGUUACAGGAGCUGGAGAUGAAACCUUGCGCUUCUGGAACGUCUUCAGUAAAACUCGCUCGACAAAGGAGUCUGUAUCCGUUCUCAACCUCUUCACCAGGAUACGAUAAACCCCAUCUACUGCGGCCCAGGAGACUACAGCCUGAGAGACCGGGAUAAAACUGCUCCCUGGGUGUGCAUGGAACCCCAAACGAUCAGCCAGAAGGGGAGGGAGAGCCAGUGGGACUGGAGGAUGGACCCAAGAGAUGCUAAUUAAAUACGUGCUUGUGAACCACGCUGGGCAGUAUUUGGGCUGGGGUUGGGGAGGGGAGGGAACUGCCAAAGGUUUACGGAUUCAUCCUUCAUAAAGGGAAACGGGUACAAGAGAAGCGUUAAACCAGCAUCCUCCAACCCUGGUGGUGUUUACUGGAGAAAACUGUACGACGUGGACCACUGAGACCGGACCAAGGCCAUCCCAGCUGCUGUGUUGUCCCCUCUUGGGAGAGAUGAGAGUGUCCUUGCCUCUGUGGGAGUGGGUCCCUCUGUCCUUGGAUGGACAUCUGUGGAGGUAGGAGCCAGACAGACUUGUUCAAUACAGCCGGUGCAAGGAGGCCAGGCUCCAGGCUGGGCGUUAGCCUCUCUGAUUAGCUAAGGGCAUUGUUUAUACCUGACAUCCCUGUUACGUGAAGAAACUGGAGAACUGCUUAUUUUCCUCUUUUUUUUUUUCUUUUUUUUUUUUCCUCCAAAUGGGUACUGUAGUACUUCAUACAAUCAUUCCCGUCAGACAGCUUGAUUUUUUUGGCAUCCUUGACAGCUGCCUUCAAAUGAAUAUAUUUUGGGGCUCUGAACUUUGGAGGAGACUUGAAGAGGCUCCACCUCAGAGGGAGCACAUGCAGAAAGUUCUGAAAUUGCUAUUGCAUGUUCUGGGCUGAUCCUUUUAGUUAACAGAGAGGAAAAACAAUGGCUUUAACAAACAAACAAAAAAAACCCAACCACAACCACCAUGCGUGUGGAGCUUCCCACAGUGCCAUUUGUGGCAGGCUGGUUGCUCUGGAGUCUUCCUGAGGACAAAAGCAGUUGAGAUGUGUUGGAGAAACAAAACAACUCCUGUGGAUCUGGUUUUCUUGGAGAGAGCAUGGCCUCUUCUGGCUGGAAGGGGGGAAACACCAUGUCUGGGCGAGUGGGGGGUUUCUUUUUCUAAUGCAAGGAAGAAGUGUUGCUUUUUUUUAUCUCCAAGUCAAAGCCAGGGACCUGUCGUUAGAGGUUUUUGUUUUUGUUUUUUGUUUUUUGUUUUUUUUUUUUUUUUAAGUUGUAUGGGAAGAGAGUGCCUGCUUGUGUGUUUGGAGCCUGUGUGACGAGUGCCGUGGGAUGCGAUGUGAAGCGCUUGUGUGUAUGUGUUGCUUUUAAUUUAAAGAGAAGCUGUUACGCUGGCAGCAGCCUGUUCCUGUCUUACUUUGUACGUGUGCCAAUGCUCUCCCUGCCGCACACCUGGCUCCUGCCUCGUGCCCUCUCGAGUGCUCUGGGGCGUGAGUGCUCCUUCCUCUUCUCCUUUGCAUUUUCCUGGCUGUGUAUAUAGACCUUGACCUGUUCUCUGUAGCGUGCAUAGGCAAUACUUUUCUCUCGCUCUUUUUUUUUUUUAAUUAUUAUUUGUGUUUCUUCCUCCUCCUUUCCCUGAAACCAGACUGUAGGGGUGGUGGUAGGAAUAGAGUGUCCCUCCCCGGUGCCACCGGUAUCCUUAGGGUGAGCUUCUGAGGUGUAGGAAGGCUGGUACGGAGAAGGGCAGCGAGGUGCCAAUCUGUUCACUACAGCCUUGACCACGUGUGCCGUUACACCAGUGCCUGCGUCGGGCUCUUGGCGCUCCCUCUGCGUGUUGCAGGUUCUCGGGGACACUCGUGAGGAGCUCGUGUGCCAGGAGCUUGCUGCUCCUUAGCUGGCUGGCAGCGCUGAGUCCCCAAAGCCCAAAUCGGCAGCCGCAUUGUCGUCUUACAGCCUCACUUGCCUCCAAAACGUAAUUUCAAUGUAAUUUAUGAAGUGGGGUUUCAACACAACCACUUUACUUUUGGUUCUUGCCGCAGGAGUGUGGGGCUGUGGCUUAAAAACCAUCUGAUGGCUUCCCAGCCCCUCUCCUGUUGCUCGUUGUUACCUUCAGUGGCACUGUUAAACUUCAUCGUGUGGAAGGAUGAGCACAAAGCACUGAGGAGUUGUUAAGAUUUAAGUUGGAUCGUUAAGUUGGUGAUCAGGUUUGAAGUGAAAGGCCACCUGCAGCGUGUCGUGGUCUGUCACGGGUGUCUGUCCUGUGUGAUACCGCCCCGUGGGGCAGCAGGGCCCAGGGAUGGGGGUGUUUACACCAGGGGCGGAGGUGGUUGGUAGCUGCUGCUGUGGAUUUGCUUGUCUCUUGUGGAUCAUCUCCUGCCUAAAUCCUGACGCGCAGACCCCCGGGAGACGCUGCUUUCUCCUCCAGGAAGAAACAGAUGGUUGGGAUGGGGGCACAUGCGCGGUCUCAGCCGUGGGUGGUUUCACGGAGGUUUGUGCCCAUUCCGGAGCAGGAGGAGGGAGCCGGGCAGCGCAGCUGGAGCAUGGGGUGGCACGGGGUGAGCGUGGCACUGCCGGGGCUCCACACUGCCCCGGGACUCCGGCAGGAAUGGCAGAGGGGGGUUUGCCUCUCAGGUGCGUUCCCCAGAGGAGUCCUGGGGCGUUGGGAGCUCCAGUGCUCCCAGCAGGGUGCUGCGGAGGGGGGACAGCCCCUCGCUGCUCUGUCCCCACACCCUGCUCCUCUCUUGCCAGGGACCUCCACAAACCACAUCUCUCACUUUUUCUCCCUUCGGAGCUGCCUUGGGAGCAGUUUGGGUCAUUGUGACUUCUCUCCUCAUGCUUGGCAGGGAGGGCUAGCAACUUCCAAGCCAUGGCUGGUCUGUGGCUGAGCCCGUUGGCUAACGAGCGCAGUGAGACCGAGCUGUUCUGAUUGACUUAGCUGUUAAAAGUGUGGCACAAACUCCUUCCCCCACCCGGCUCGCAGCGGCCAGGGCAGGAGCGGAGCUCGCAGGAGUGCUCUCCGCAGCUCUUCCCCUGCGAGAGCGGGUGCUGGUGGGUGCGUGCGUGUGUCUGGGCACGUGGAGGCGAGUGGCGUGGCGCUGGCGGCUGCCCCGGGGUGUGCUGCGGCGUCUUCCGUGGGGAAAAGAGCAAAGCUCACCUAAGCUGGUGUCGUCGGCGUGUGAUCUGUAAGCGCUGAACCGUGUGGGCAGGUUGAGCAAAAGAUCCUCCCAGAGCUUGUGUGAUAAAGUCUGCGACCGUGUGGCAUUGUUAUAUAUAAGGCAUCAUAUGGCGGGGGAAAAAAAAAAAUAUAGAGAGCGUUGUAACUUUUCCAUGUAAAACAAUCUAACUGGCAUUAAACAAGUUGUGAGUUUAUGGC